UCCUCUCGGCUCUCCCUGCGGCAUCUAUCGGCAGUCGCACAGCCAGAGCUUGGGAUGAACAGUAGCGUUGAGCUGAAGCGACAAUAUGCAUCCCUCGGCAGGCCGAACGCAGGCUCCCAGGCCUUCGCGACAGGACUUAUCUCGGGAGGUAAUCAUCGUAUCAUCGCCAUCGCCUCAGGACGGACUGUCGACAUCUGCAAUGAGCGCAUGCAGCUCCAGUAUAGUCUGCAUCUGGAUGACGCCUGUUACGGAUCGACGAGCUCGAGCGCAUCUCGAGAAAUAGCGGCUCUUGCCUUUGCCAACUCGGGCCAGCUCGCCAUUGCGGCAGGCACCCAGAUUGUGAUCUGGUCAGCUCCGAAUGAGCUCAACAGCGGUCGCUCGCCUCGCUUGAAGCUACAUUCCAGCCUGUCCCUGCGCAGCGAUGUACUCUCUCUCGAUUGGCGGGACGUGUCUCUCUUAGUGCUGUCUGACAAGCUAUCCAUAUGGCAGCCAACCUCUGUCUCUGGCAUAACCGCCUGGCAAAAGACGCGCGAAUUCGCGCCCCGCGCUUGUGUCGAGCACGAUCUCUCUGCUGCGCGCAUCUCUCCUUGCGGUAUUUAUGUGGCAGCAGCAUGCUCUCACCUGCCUCUCGUCCGCAUCUUCAACAUCGCGAGUUUUGGACCUGCCACGGAAUCGAAGCAGGCUCCCGUCGAUCUGUGGCAUGCCCUGCCAAUCCGCCAGAUACGAUGGGCCGCGUCCGGCAUAAGCAGCGUGCUAUGGACAGUCGAUAGUCAUGGAGGGACGCAGAGAUUCACUUCGAGAGGGGGAGGAUGGCAGAGCGACGGUCUUGUGCUCGUCGAGCGACCCCCUGAUAAGACCCGACAAAAGGUUGUUUGGGCCGGUCUGACGGACGACGCAGAUCCGGCAUUGCUAACGUUGCUGGACGAUUGCAACAUGGGCGUGACGGUGCGAGAUGACGACUGGCGCAGUUCUACCUCUUGGCAGCGACCCUUCGGUAUCGAUAUCAAGCUGCAUGACAUGAGCACUCAUACAGUAGCCUUCGAGACGCAAAGUAGCCCGUACUGUCCAGGAGCACCCAGCUUCACACUCAUCAGUUCAGAUAGACACGGUCGCAUCACAUUUAUUGACGCAGCAUCACCGUCUUUUGAGAGACCCAUGAGACUCCGAGAGCUACAAUUUGCUCCUCGCGGCCUAGUCGAAAGGAUGACUGCUGCUGCUGACGGGCUUUCUAUCGCUUGCACAACCUCGCUGGCACAAAUAUUGCACUUUCGUGUCAACAUGCUGCACGGCUCGCCAACCUCCUUGGCUACUAUAGCUCGGACCCAUCAAGGCCAAUGCUCGCUUGUCAAGGAGUUCCAUGCUCUAUCAGGACGAAGGGGUGUGCUAGCCGCGCAAGCAGAUGCUUUGCAGCUUUAUAUGCCCAGCGAAAAUACGCUGAGACUUUGCGCGAGCGUCAGGCUAGCGUCGACCUCAGAUAUGAUCUUUCUGGCCUCUGUGGUCGAAGGACAGCAUAUCAAAGGCGUGGUAUUGCUCUUGUCGGGCAUUCAGCAGACCUUCGAAUUCAACAUGUCAGCUGGCACUGCGACGAUACGGACUAUCGGGACUGUACACCCUCGGGGCUGGCUGCCUUUAGAGAUCGCCGAACCGCUUGUCUCUCAGGCUCGCGCCGCGCCAGAGAUCGUUUUCGGCGCGGUCGAAGAAGACGGUAGCUGCUCACUCGCUUGUUCGGCGAGAAUGUCCUCGAUUGUACCUGAUUCUCUGCCUUGUUCUACGCUGAUCAGCCGCUUCAGCGCCAGUCUAGUAGCGUACAGCUCGUCGGCCAAGAAUGACACUAUUGUAAGAAUACAGCGCGCGCAUGGAAGUUCGCGGACGUGUGUACAUCGUCUGCUGCUGUCAGCAGAAGAUCUCACUGCUCUCUAUUGGCUGCGAAGUCUUCAAGAUCAUCCCAUCCUCGUACUACAUACCUCUAGCGGUCUGAAACUCUAUGCCGAACCUCGCAAUUCACAGCACGACAGUACUGGCUGGACGCAAGUUGCUCAUUUUCGCGCUUUCAACCAAGAUUGCACGACUCUGCCGGUCCAGGGAGGCGUUGUGGCACUCGAGCGAGGUCGCCUGAGCAUAUACUGUGGUGAUGCGCGUCUAGAGGGGCUUGUGCGAGCUUGCUACGCGCCCCGACGUCUCGACGACCCGAUCUACUUGUCUUGGUCGAUCAGAGCAGGCAAAUUGGCGCCAAUCCUCGGUCUUGUCGAUCACGAGCAGAGCUACGCUGACAACCUGUUUGACCACGUCGAUGAAUUUCUGCAAGGGGAGGCAUAUCAGUACACAGAAGCCGAAUGCAAAUUACCGCCUUUUGACACUGCCAGAAUAUCGACUCGAUUCGGGUCGUUUGCGAACUUGGUGCAAGUGCUGAGCGCACAGCACCAAUCUCUUGACAGGUCUGGCGAGAUGGCGCUAAUUUCAAUCCAGGAGGCUUUGCAUGCGGGGACGUCAGUCAAUUAUGUCACGAUACUAUGGGCCCAGUCAUCUCGACGUCAAGCCGUGCUGUUAACGCACAUCUUGCAGGCCUGUGCAGGCAAGCUCACAUGGUCUUUAGCACGCCGUUUGGGUCUUUUCAUGUGGUUACAGGAUCCAAAGGACUACGCGACCCAGCUUGAGAGUAUUGCUCGUACCGAAUUCGUCAAUCUCGACGAAAGGGAUCCGAUCAGCGCCAGUCUGUUCUAUCUCGCGACCCACAAUUUCAAAGCCGUACAAACAGUGUGGAAGACAUCUGGCGCCCAUACGGAGCGCAGUACAAUGAUGAGAUUACUCGCUAACGAUUUCAAGCAACCGCGUUGGCAGAUUGCCGCCAAGAAAAAUGCGUACGCUUUGCUGGGCAAAAAGCGAUACUUAUUUGCUGCCGCAUUCUUCUUGCUUGGUGACAGCUUGCAAGACGCUGUCAACGUUUGUGCCCGUCAACUGAACGACACGCAGCUCGCAUUCGCCAUCUGCCGUGCAUAUGAAGGGCAAACAUCGCACGUUCAGCUCGGGCUCGCUAAAAGUCACCUUCUGCCCGGAGCGAUCAGCAUGAGAGACCCUGCAAUGGCUGCAUAUGCUCAUACAUGCUUUGGCGAGACGAAUGGUAUUCAGAAAGCACUGGAGAUGGAGAUUUGGCAAGAUUGUUCACUUGAUCCACAGCUGACAUGGCUGUAUCUAAGAUACCGCCGUCUGGCAGGAAUGCCUUCGGUGCCGAUCGAAUAUCAGCUUGUGCAACGUUCGAUAGCCACUUUCGUCGCAAUGGGGUGUCAUCUACUGGCGCUCGACAUGGCAGUGCACUGGCCAUUCGUCAGAAAAUCAACAAUGGCACCUCGAUCAGUCGAUCAAAGGCCUGCAAUCAAGUCGCCGCAUUCCGAUACGGAGCUGCCAGCCGCUCUUGCUGCGCAGUCGAAGCCUGCAGUCCAAGCGCCGCGCAAGGUUGUGCAAGCUGUGCCGGACUUUGACAUUGGGGCAUUCGCUUUUUAA